UGCACUCUUCUCACUGUUGUCUCCAAGGCUGGUUUCCAGGAGCCACCUUACAGGCCUCCAAGAUGCUGGAUUCUUCAGUGGCAGACCAAAUGACCCGGCUGACACUGAAGCUUUUGGAACAGAAGCUGGAGCAAGAACGAGAGAACAUGGAAGAGGGCUCUGAAGGCACCCAUCUCCUGCCAGGACACGAGGACAGACUGAACGAAGCACUGCAGAGCGCCCGGAGGAGGAGGAAGGAGCUACUGCUGAGACUCCGGGAACAGCAGCUCCUGGGUAAGCACCCCUGGGCCCACACCUGGAGGGGAGUUUGUGGAGGGGCUCCAGGUGGGGCCAGCCUGCUCCCAGAAGUACCCCCCAUGGACGUCUACCCUACUGCCUCCCAACCCCCGCUGGCCCCAGAGCCACCAAGAAUCAUCCAACACCAGGUCCCCCAGCCUCCUGCCACCAUCAUUCAGCAGCUACCUCAGCAGCCACUCAUUGCACAGAUUCCUCCUCCUCCUCCUCAGGCCUUUCCUACUCAAAGGUCAGGAAGCAUUAAGGAAGACAUGGUGGAGAUGAUGCUGAUGCAGAAUGCACAGAUGCACCAGAUCCUCAUGCAGAACAUGAUGCUCAAAGCCCUACCAUCUGCACUGGCACCUACUGGACUACAAUCUGCCCAGCAGGACCCUCGUGGGAUGCGCCCAGUGGUCCUCCGAGCCGAGAAGCAGAAGCCGCCUGCAGUGCACCACCACCACCACUAUGCACCCUCUAACUCACUGCAGCCUGGUUCUGUGCCAGGCUCCUCCCUUAGUUACUCCAUGUGGCCCUCAGUGGUUGCAGCCACUGCCCUGCCACCUGCCACCAGCUUCUUGCCUGCCAUGACUACUCUGCCUGCCCUUAGCACGCUGGUAUCUGAUGGCAUCCCGCCCUCACAAGCCCCAGGUGUGUGAGCUCUCUAGCUCCAGCUUGGCUGGAGCCAAGUCAAACAUCUUGCACUGUGGCUUAGAGCAUCCUUGGUUCUCUGGCAAGUGUUACAGCCAUGAGGAGCAGGGUGUGUCCAUGUGGAUGGGUGAAUGAAGAAUGACACACACCUGACUCCACAGUGACAUCCGGUUCCUUCAGUCAUCUUUGCUUGUGGGCCUGAAUGUGAUUCUAGACUCUGCUGUGUUAAAUGCAUGAAUUAAAGGCCUGACCCGAUUUCCUAUUUUUGUGAUUGCUUUAAUAUGGCUGCUCUUUUGACUUUUUUCUCUUCACGUAAUUAUUAAUUUACAGAGAGAAUUUUAUCAGAUGCUGGUUCUCAGCUUUAGGUGUUGCUAGGCAGGAGGUAUGAAGGGAACAUGUCGGCACUGGGAGCCCCUGCUCUGCUCACACCACUGGCUGGACUGGGCUGGUCUGCAGGAGUGGCAGGUGUGUAGCUACCCUCACAUGUGUUCUUCCUUGCCACAAAACAGGUGCUCCAGGCCCGUGUGGAAGUGAAGUGUGCAGUGGGAUCUGGUGUGGGUAUGAAGCUGCCUUGAGUUGAGGUUGGAUGAAAACUCAGCUGCCAAGCUGGCCAUGGGGAGCAUUUAGGCCAGAAGGACACUUGCUCAUAUUCUAUAUUUUCAAUUAAUCUUUUCAUGGAACUUUUUUUUUUUUCUUUUGUGGUACCGGGGAUUGAACUCAAGACCUUGUGCAUGCCAGGCAGGAGCUUAUGCCACUGAGCUAUAUCUUCAGCCCCUCAUAUUGUAUAGUGAAACAAGGUGGUUUUCAAGAACAUAUAAAAGCAAAUCAAGAAUUAUAAAGGAAAACCAGUGGGAAGACAACAGAUAGGAGCAGUCACACAAUGAGAGGAUGAGGAUGAUGAGCUGUGAAGUGCAGUGCAAUGUGGGACAGGACAGCCCAUCACACCAGGGAAAUAAUCCUGGCAGGGGCUGGGACACAUCCAGGUUGGGCAGAUCCUAUGGUUGCUAGCUAUAGGAUGCCAGGG